GACAAGAACAGAGAUUAAAGAGAGAGAAGCAUGUAUCGUUUGUAACCUAGCGGCACAGUGAGAGGAGCGAUCUGGGUUGCUAUUGCUGCCGUGGCUGCCGAAAGCUGCUGCCGUUGUGUCGUCCAUAGUUAAAGAAGAGGAGUCUUGACUGGUAUUUUUGUUUCCCUUGUGUGAUUUUCCCAUCAUUUGCUCUUCAACCUGUUGUAUUUUUGUUUCCCUUGUGUGCAAAUUCACUCUGCUUCUCUGCAAAUCCGUGUCUGCAAAUCCACUCUGUUUCUCUCCAUUCUUAGCCAAGAAAAAGCAGUAAUUGAUAAUCACAACUUCUUCUCAAUUGGUAUGUAUUUAUGUCCUUACCCAUCUUUCUUCUAUGCUCCUCCUUCAAUGGUGGCCUGAGAGGUCUCUCUCACAAAAUCUGGCUUUUUAUGCAAUUGGGGUCUUGUUUUCAUGGCUAAAUCAAGAGUACCCAUUAAUUGUUGAUUCCCUCUUCUUUCCUAGCCUUUAAUUCUUCUGUGUUUUUCUUUAUUCUUUUGUGCUCUUGGUCAUUGGGGAAUUAUCUUUUCUUGCCUAAAUGUAGAGUUGUCAUGAAUUUUGUUGAAUUCUUUUUUCUUUGUUUGUUUUAAUUCAACUUGUUCACAGAGAUGUUGUCUGUAAUUGCAAUAUGUCAGCUUCACAUGUCUCCUUAUUUGAUUCCAUAGCAUUAGAAUUUUGGGAUUUUCUAAUUAUAGUAGGAUUUCAAUUGCUGAGCAUAAAGUUUAAGAUUGGUUAAUUCAUAUGUAAAGGUUUGGCAUGCUGCUUUUCUUGCCUAAAUGUAGAGUUGUCAUGAAUUUUCUUGAAUUCUUUUUUCUUUGUUUGUUUUAAUUCAACUUGUUCACAGAGAUGUUGUCUGUAAUUGCAAUAUGUCAACUUCACAUGUCUCUUUAUUUGAUUCCAUAGCAUUAGAUAAAGGUUUGGCAUGCUGUUUUUGUAGAAACCCCUUUUUUUCUUCUCACAUUGAAUAAUUGUUUUGGAUUCCGUGAUUGAUGUAAGCUAUAAAAUUCAACUCCUUUUGAUUCUAGCCUAAUGGCUCUCAUAUUUUACAAACCUGAAAAGCCCCAUUCUUAAGGUGGAUUCCAUUAAUAAGAUAAUUGUUUGUACUCUAAAAUUUUGUAUUCUAUUUAACUUUGAAGGUAGAAUGGACAUUGAUUCCAACAAUAAUUUUUUCAAUGGGAGUGAUGAAGUUGAAGAAGAAGAUAAUACUCUUUCAUUUAAUGAGUGUGGUGAAGUUGAAGAACCUAAGAAGAGAAUGUAUUUUAGUGCAAAGGAAGAGGUGUACGCAUUUUAUGCAAAAUAUGCAAAACACUCGGGAUUUGCUAUAGCUUAUAGAACACAAAAUUUAACAUGUGAUGGGGAAGUUAAGUACUUUGGAAUUAAAUGUACUAGGGCGCGGAACAGAACAAAAAGAUCAGAAAUAAAUCCCUUGGAACCAUCUUUGUCAUCAAAAAUUGAGUGUAAAGCAAGAGUAAGAGCCAGUCUACAAAAGGAUGGAACAUAUAAGUUAACCACAGUUGUGCUUAAGCAUACUCAUGAUUUGGUUGCUACUGACUCACGGCAUUUUGCAAUGAAUAAGAGGAUUGUUACUCCGGUGAAGAGGAGAUUAGAAGUUAACGAUGCAGUAGGAAUUGGGGUGGCUAAGAAUUUUCAUUCCAUAGUUGUUGAAGCGGGGGGAUAUGAGGCAUUAACGUUUGAUGAACGAGAUGCAAGGAAUUAUAUUGACAAUGCUAGAAGGUUGAGACUUGGGUAGGAGACGCCGAAUCAGUUACUCAUUAUUUUCAUAAAAUGCAACAACAAAAUUCAAACUUCUAUUCGGCAAUUGACCUUGAUGAAGAUGGUCGCAUGCGCAACUUGUUUUGGGUGGAUGCAAGGAGUAGGGCGGCUUACAAAGCAUUUGCGGAUGUUGUCUCUUUUGACACAACCUGUUUGACAAACAAAUAUGAUAUGCCAUUUGCUCCAUUUGUAGGAGUUAAUCACCAUGGACAGUCAAUUUUGUUUGGCUGUGGGUUGUUAAGUAAUGAGAACACGGAGACUUUUGUUUGGCUAUUCAAAGAAUGGUUAAGUUGCAUGUCAGAUGCUCCCCCAAAAGCGAUAAUAACUAACUAGUGCAGAGCUAUGCAAAAUGCCAUAGAAAUUGUCUUCCCACAGGCUCGACAUCGUUGGUGUUUAUGGCAUAUUAUGAAGAAAAUUCCCGAGAAAUUGAGAGGAUAUUCGUAAUAUGAGUCCAUUAAGGUUUCUUUCAGUAAUGCAGUUUAUGAUUCAUUCAUAAUAGAUGAAUUUGAGGAAUACUGGGAAGCAAUGAUUGAAAAUUUCAAUUUGAAUGAUAACGAGUGGUCAGGGGUAUUAUACCGUGAGCGACAUAGGUGGAUUCCUGCCUAUGUUAAAGACAUAUUUUGGGCUGGCAUGUCAACUACACAAUGAAGUGAGAGUAUGAAUGCAUUCUUUGAUGGAUAUGUGAACUCCAAGACAACCUUGAAGCAAUUUGUUGAGCAGUAUGACAAUGCAUUGAGAAGUAAAGUAGAGAAGGAGACAAAAGUAGAUUUUAAGUCUCGUAACAAAUUGUAUGAUUGCUUAACGGUGUAUCGUUUUGAGAAGCAAUUUCGUGUAGCUUACACUAAUUCCAAAUUUAAAGAAGUUCAACUAGAAAUGAAGCGUCUAGUGUAUUGUUGUGCAAAUCUUAUCAAAGAGAAGGGAGCAAUUUGUACCUAUCAUGUGAGGGAGGCUAUUGUUAUGGGUGAGGGGAUGAAGAAAGCGGAAUUUGUUGUGUACUUUAAUUCAAUUGAAUGUGAGCUCCAAUGUAUGUGUCGGUUGUUUGAGUUUAGAGGUAUUAUGUGUGCACAUUCACAUUCUGUGCUCAUUGAGAGAUCCAUAUAUGAGGUGCCAACUAAAUACAUUGUUUCGAGAUGGAGAAAAGACUUGGAAAGAGGCUACACAUGCAUUCCAACCACAUAUUCUAACUUUGGCUCUUAUCUACAUCCAAAGUUGUAUGAUAACUAUCACAACACGUUGGAUGAGAUCCUAGAUCUUGCUUCCAAUGAUGAUGCUAAACACAAAGUGAUUCAACUUGGGUUGAUGAAAAUCAAGGAUGAAGUGAGAACAGUUCAAUCAAGUAGUGUGAGUAAUGUGCCAUAUACUAGUACUUUACCACCUUCCCAUACUUCACUAAAAAGUCCAUCUCGUAUCAAUACUACAAAAGAAAGCAUGACUCGCAAGGUACUAAGUUCUUUGGUUGCUCGCCGAAGAGGCCGCCCAUGUACGAAACGGAAGGUUAGCAACAUUGAUGCAAUAGUCAAUCGGUUGAAGGGAAAGAAUAAGAAGGCUAAUCCGGUAUAGGUACAUUUUUCAUUCCGCAGUACAUAUGUAUAUUGCAGAAUUUGUUAAACUUCAAAUAUUCAUCAAUGUUUGGUAGUAUAGGGUCAGAAGGUGCGUCAAGGUGAACCUCGUAAGUUAAACUUUCCUUGUAUGGGAGGCGUGCAACACACUAUGUAUGAACCGGUGCCGCCAAAUCAACCUUACUAUUGUCCUUCUAUGGAUGCCAUAUCAGACACUUUUCUUGUACCGGCACCAGUUACCACAAGUGGGGACGACAUUGGGAGCACAUCUCAUACUGAAGCUGGAAUGGUCAACAAUAUUAGCAGUAAAAGUUCGAUAGUACCAUCAUAUUUUGUUGACUUGAACAUCGACAGGGAUCCGAAUGUCCCAUUUUUUUUUUUUAGUUUCGAAGUGCUAAUUGUACGUGAAUUUCAUUUGUAAACUUCGGAUUGUUCACUUAAAUGUCCCAUAUUUUUUUGUUGAAUGAAUUGAA